AUGACAGACUCGGGGCCCGGGCGGAGACUCCGACGGACUCCGCAGCUGUUCCGGUUCUGUUCACAGCUGACGCCACAUUCGUUGGGUGACGGACCAGGUGCCAUGGGCCUUGGAAAGCUGGCAACGGUCUUUGCUGACCAGGGAAUGGAGCUGCGUGAAUACUACGCAGCAGCAUGUGGCCACUGCCAGGCGAUGGCACCAGCUUGGAAGGCCGCCCAGAAGGCCUACAUCGGCCCCGUUACAUUCCGUCAGAUUGAGUGCCAUGAUAAGAACUGGAAUCCCGUUCCGGAGAACGCUGAGCUUUGCAAGGACAUCCGUGGCUUUCCCACCAUCAAGAUGUUCAAAGAUGGCAAGGAGCUUGCGGACUAUGAGGGCAAUCGCAGCUCUUCAUCCUUGGUGGACUUUGCCAAGCAGCACGAGAAGAUCUUGACGCAGUCUAUGCCGCUGCUUCCUGCGUUCCUGCCGCCACCGCAAGUGUUGCCACGGCGUGCUGCUGCAGCGAGCUUUCUUUAG